AUGUCCAAUAUCUCCCAGUUUAUCACAAACCCGCCACUUUUGGUGCAGUCGUCGCUCUCGCAGCUGCGAUACAUGGUUCUUAGCGAGGGUCUCCCGACAGAGUUAGGGAAGAACCAACUCAGAUUGCGGUGCUACGUCUGGUCAAUCCUGUCCAGAACAUCAAUGGAAAACGCCACAACGACGUAUUUGCAACUAGUGUCCCUGGGGCCUCCCAAUGCCGCGGUUUUUGACAAGAUCAAGAACGACACGGGGAGAACUUUCCAGACGGACCUCACUUUCAAGAAAAGAGUCUCAGAGGACGCACUGAUACGAUGUCUCUCCUGCUUCGCUUGGCAGACACAACAGUUACAACCGAGUCUACAUAUUGAAGUGAGCACGUACGUGCAGGGAAUGAACGUGUUGCUGGCACCGCUGGUGUACUCCUGCCCCACAGAACCAAUGGCGUUCCAGUUGUUUCAAACUUUGUGCUAUAAUAUUAUACCAACGUACAUCACCUCAAAUCUGAUAGGUGUGAGGAACGGCGCCAAACUGUUAGAGAUAUGUCUCAAGUUGAUAGACCCCAAAUUGAGUAAAUUCUUUACUGAUAAUCUGCUCACGGGGGAAAUAUACGGGAUGUCGUCGAUACUGACACUGUCCAGCUGCAACAAGCCAUUGGACCAAGUGUGCAAACUGUGGGAUUUCAUGUUCGCUUACGGGUUCCAUAUGAACAUUCUCUUUGUCGUUGCGAUGCUAGUCAAAAUAAGAGGGAAAAUAUUGAAAUCCGACUCACCAAUGAAUUUGUUGAAGAACUUACCGCCCUUUGACGCUGAUGAUAUCAUACGACUGGGGGUAGGAUUUCUCCCGAAAAUACCUUCUAACAUCUAUAAAAUGUUGGUCGAUCACUUGACCAACCCAAGCCUGUGCAUCGGUAAACCAUGA